AUGUCAUUCCUUUCUUUCUUUAAAAGACGCAAUCCUAAGAUGAUAAAAAACUCUGUAGCUUCAAGUGCUUCUUUUACACAAAACAUACCAUAUGCCGAACAAGAAUCAAAAAAUUACCAGCAAAUUCAUCCAAAAUAUAAUAUAAGCCUACUCCCAGUCGACGUCUUACUCAUUAUUGCUGAAUCUCUCGAUUUACGUUCUAUCAUUGCCCUAAGAACUGCAUCUCGUCAACUUUAUUUAACUUUUCCCUACAAAGCCAUCUUUCGUGAAAUUCGUCUAGCUAAUGACAUUUCACCGAUUCAAUUAGACAAACUUCUGCAUUUUCUUGAAUCGAUAAAUGCAACUGGGUUUAUACAUCAAGUAACUUUUUACGAAAUGUCGAUUACUCACGAAUCGUUGAUUUCGAUAUUAGCUCGUUGUGAAAACCUACGCCAGCUACGUGUUUAUGGCUGUCAAAAUAUAAAGCUUCGCAAAAUUACGAAAGCUUUGGUCAAGUGGCAACACGACGAUUCCGGUGAUUCGCCAAAACUUGUCCAUCUCAAAUCACUCAUUUUGACACGAUGUGUAGGCGGUCCUCGACGCAACUAUCCAGCUCUAAAAGUGAAUAAAGAUCUUCAAAUACUUAAAAAGCACAUUAUCGAGCUUGCUGAAUGUGAUGAUCGAGCUUCUGGUGUAAAAAACGAAGUUUUUGCGGGCAAUGCGUUUUUCAUGCAUCUCAAAAUAAUCCUAAUGCCAGAAAUGUCUAUCACGCUUUUCGGAUGA